AUGCUAUCUUUAAGACAAUCUUCUAGAUUAAGUAAUAGUCUAACAUUAUACAAGAGAUGUUUCUCUUCCACUUCAAGAGCUCUCGAAGUUCAAGGUAAAAAUAUUAAUGGUAAAACAUUUUCUUCCAAUUCCACUGAUCCUCUAUUAAAUAAAUAUCAUAUUAUUGACCAUGAAUAUGAUUGUGUCGUGGUUGGUGCCGGUGGUGCCGGUUUAAGAGCUGCUUUUGGUCUUGCCGAAGCAGGUUAUAAGACUGCUUGUAUCUCCAAAUUAUUUCCAACUAGAUCUCAUACUGUCGCUGCUCAAGGUGGUAUUAAUGCUGCUUUAGGUAAUAUGCAUCCAGAUGAUUGGAAAUGGCAUAUGUACGAUACUGUUAAAGGUUCUGAUUGGUUAGGUGAUCAAGAUUCUAUUCAUUAUAUGACUAGAGAAGCUCCAAAAUCGAUUAUUGAAUUGGAACAUUUUGGUAUGCCAUUUUCAAGAAAUGAAGAAGGUAGAAUUUAUCAAAGAGCUUUCGGUGGUCAAUCAAAAGAAUUUGGUAAAGGUGGUCAAGCUUAUAGAACUUGUGCCGUGGCAGAUAGAACAGGUCAUGCAAUGUUACAUACUUUAUAUGGUCAAGCUUUACAACAUGAUUGUAAUUUUUUCAUCGAAUUCUUCGCUUUAGAUCUUUUGAAAUCUCCAGAAGGUGAAGUCGUUGGUGUCAUUGCUGUGAAUCAAGAAGAUGGUACUAUUCAUAGAUUUAGAUCUCAUAGAACUAUCAUGGCUACUGGUGGGUAUGGUAGAGCUUACUUCUCUUGUACUUCAGCCCAUACUUGUACCGGUGAUGGUAUGGCUAUGGUCUCUCGUGCAGGUUUCCCAUUACAAGAUUUGGAAUUCAUUCAAUUCCAUCCAUCCGGUAUAUAUGGUUCCGGUUGUUUGAUCACCGAAGGUGCUCGUGGUGAGGGUGGUUAUUUAGUUAACUCUGAAGGUGAAAGAUUCAUGGAACGUUACGCUCCAACUGCUAAGGAUUUGGCUUGUAGAGAUGUUGUCUCAAGAGCAAUCACUAUGGAAAUUAAAGAAGGUAGAGGUGUCGGUCCAGAAAAGGAUCAUAUGUUCUUACAAUUGAGUCAUUUACCACCUAAUGUAUUGAAGGAAAGAUUACCAGGUAUCUCUGAGACUGCUUCUAUCUUUGCUGGUGUCGAUGUCACUAAGGAACCUAUUCCAGUUAUCCCAACCGUCCAUUACAAUAUGGGUGGUAUUCCAACCAAAUGGAAUGGUGAAGCUUUGACAAUAGAUGAAAAGACUGGUGAAGAUAAGGUUAUUCCAGGUUUGAUGGCUUGUGGUGAAACUGCAUGUGUCUCUGUCCAUGGUGCCAAUAGACUUGGUGCCAACUCCCUAUUAGAUUUAGUUGUCUUUGGUCGUGCUGUGGCUCAUACCGUUGCUGAUACUUUACAACCUGGUUUACCACAUAAACCAUUACCUGACUUAGGUAAGGAAAGUAUUGCCAAUUUAGAUAAAUUGAGAAAUGCUAAUGGUUCUAGAACAACUUCUGAAAUUAGAUUGAACAUGCAGAAGACUAUGCAAAAGGAUGUUUCCGUGUUUAGAACCCAGGAUUCUCUAGAUGAAGGUGUAAAUAAUAUCAUUGCCGUGGAUAACACUUUUGAAGAUGUUCAUGUCACUGAUAAGUCAAUGAUUUGGAACUCCGAUCUUAUUGAAACUUUGGAAUUACAAAACUUGUUAACUUGUGCCUCCCAAACUGCCGUGUCUGCUUCUGCCAGAAAGGAAUCUCGUGGUGCUCAUGCUAGAGAUGAUUAUCCAGAAAGAGACGAUAAGACUUGGAUGAAACAUACUUUGUCGUGGCAACCAACUACAGGAUCUCCUGUGUCUUUGAAAUACAGAAAGGUAAUUUCUCAUACAUUAGACGAAAAGGAGUGUCCUUCUGUACCUCCAACUGUAAGAGCUUAUUAG